UUCUUUCCUCUCCUGUUUUCAAUGCCCACUGUCUUCCUAUAUUUCCCUAUUUAUGUCUGAAAGCUGCUGAUGUCAUCCAUCCUCCUUUUUUAUAGUAAUCCGUUUUUAAUUAGUUUUCAUUAAACUCACUUGCUUGACAAAAAAAAAGAAGAAGAAGAAAAGCCCAGUAUGUUCUGAAUAAGUCAUGAUAAUGUAACGGUAAGCACGUCUGUGGCUUCUAGUUAAAGUUGUCACAACACAAGCUGCCUGGCUUCUGUCACAGUCAUGCCCAGAAUAAAUAGCCCACAUUGCUCCUGCUCAGACUCUGGCAUCUUCAGCUGUCUCAUUCCAGCAGGACUCAAGUCUCUAAACAACACUGAUCUGCACUUCACAUGAAAAACAGAGCCGGGCCGCGGCAAUAAGCUUCAUGUGUGCCACAAGGCCCUCUCCAGGAAGAGAAACUAGCAGGAGCGGGGCGACUGUAACAUCUUUUUUUUUCCAUCCAAGGACAUCAAAUCUUUUGGGAGUGUGCGUGUGUGUGUGUGUGUUGCUGAAUGCCAUUUGUGACGACAAUGACAGGAGCAAAGUGAAAGCUGCGGCUAUGAACCCAGUGGAGGAGUCAGAGUACCAAACACCUCCCACCUGCGAUCUGCUCAGCCUUCUGCUGAGAAACAGACGCCCCACCGGAGCUGUCAACGAGGUUUGGCCCAACCUCUACAUCGGAGAUGCGGCCACAGCGCAGGAUAAAACCCGGUUGGUCAAUCUGGGUGUCACCCACGUGGUCAACGCUGCAGGUGGAAAACAGCAUAUUGACACCGGGGCCCAUUUCUACGCAGACACUGACAUACUGUACCAUGAGGUAGAAGCAACAGACUGUAAAGACUUUGACUUACGUCCAUUUUUUACCAAGACAUCUGAUUUCAUUCACGGCGCUCUGAGCCAGAAAGGUAAGGUGCUAGUCCACUGUGCCCGAGGAAUCAGCCGCUCAGCCACACUUGUGUUGGCCUUCCUCAUGAUAAAAGAGAGACUCACCCUGGUCCAAGCAAUAGAGACCGUUGGUCAGCGAAGGAACAUUCUGCCAAACGUUGGAUUUCUGAAGCAGCUCCGUCAUCUGGACUCAUCUUUGUUUCUGCGCAGCAGAACAACAUGACAUAAACAACUAGGAUUUCACCACUGAA